CCGCAUGCGGACGUCAGUUACCAAGUUGCCGUAUCUUGCUACACUAGUAAAACGUACCGUUCCGCUAUGGCUUCGAAUGAAACGGAAGCAGUAAAACGUCCCCAAAAUGAUAAAAAGAAACAACCUAAAGCGUGUGCCGGCCGUGAGCUGCAUGAACGAAUGAACUUUCUCUACCAAGCGUCCGUGCUGAUGUCGGACACGUGUCCGCAGCUUUCCGCCUCGUACGGAAAGCUAGCGAAAGCGAUCGGCAAGAAGGCUGUGCUGCGAAUGGAACCCGCGAUCAAACGCACCCUCUGUGUGCGGUGUGGCGUUCUGUUGAAUCCGGCCACCACCGCCGACAUUCACGACUUUCGCCACAAGCAGCUGUGCUACGUGCAGGUAAACUGUAAGCUGUGCGGGUACUCGAAACGGUUCUACAACAGCAAAAACCAUCAGCUGUGGCUAGACAAUCCCAGUUCGAUCGUUGAGCGGAUAGAAUUUAAUGCACCAUCCAGCAGCUCGUAGAAGGGGGGGGGGGGGGUGACCACCGUAUGCAAAACAUGCUACAACUACUUCUAAUGCAAGCGACGAUUUACCGCUGUAACCCAUGAAUUGUGAUAAUAAUAGAUGGAGAACAAAAUACCUUUUUUACAAAAAUAAAUGAUUCAUUUAUUGAGCUCUAUAGGUAAUGAUUUUCAAUAACUUACACAAAACAAACAGUGUUACCACUUUAUACAAUUCAAAUGUUACAUACAUUAGCGUAGCUUAUUUGAGACAUAUAAAGUAUGGCACU